AUGAUUAGAGUAUCAAUAAAUCUAGUAUACAAUACGGUUCUAACAAUAACUCUUUUUCAUAGUAAUUUAAUGAUAUCUCCUAAACACUUUGCACAGAAUAAACUCUCAACUAAUCAAGCGUUAAUGAUCUAUUCAAUUUUGUUGAAUCACACGAUAAUUCAUUAUUUAACAAAUAAUAAUAAUAGAAUUAAUCAUUUAUACAACAAAGUAGCAUAGCAAGCUAUAUUAAUCAGCCAUCUAGUUUUAGAACUAAUAUAUCAGUUAAAAAUAAUAAAUAAAUGCGUAGUGAUGACAUCAAUAAUGAUAGAAACUCUAAAGUUUAGCAUUUUGCUGAUAAAGAAAAUUAUUUUGAGUAAAGUAGUUUUUAUUUAGGAAAAAAUUAAAAAAGCAAAUCAAUUUUAAAGAACAAUUAUAAUUAAAUAAAUGGUUUUGAUUCAAUUUACAAAAAAAAAUAAAACCAAGAAUGCUAAUAAUAGUCUCUUUACCUUAACUAAAAUUAAUAAAACAUGUAAUCAAAUGCAUCAAAAUAAAAAAAUUGGGAUGCAAUCAAGUAAAUAAGAUAAUCGUUAAGAGAAAAACAAAAUUCGCCACAGUAAAUAUAAUCUUAAGCAAAAAAACAAGAAAAGAAUUAUUCAGUUGAUCUAAACAGAAGCAUUUUAAAUAAAUAACAAAAAUAUCCUAUGUAAGAAGUGA